AUGAAGGUCAUCACCGCCAAUUUCGUGACAUGCGCCGUGAAGGAUUGCAAGACAUCGCCGGCAUCGUUCCCCCUACACUUCCAUGAUGCGGAACUAGAGCAACAAGAAUUGGAAUUCCAGCCAGAUUUUAUCCGCAAUAUCAUCCCUCGGAUUGACUGGGAAGCUCUGCGGUUGGGUUUCCCAAGUCUCCCAGAUUCGAAACCAGAGGGCGAGGCUCUCGAGAAUGAACAAACCUUGAAAGAUUUGCACCGGUUGCUACUUGAAACACACGUCUCAGAAGGGAAACUGGUCUGUGGGAACUGCAGCCACGAAUAUAUGAUCAAAGAGGGAAUCGCAAAUUUCCUUCUUCCAAGUCAUCUAGGUUCGGAAUCCUCAUCACUUAUUUCACUUAUUUUCCAG